AAUCGUGAAGAAGAGCAAAAACCCAGAAAUUUGAAGAGAAGCGAGCAAUUAGGAAAGCAGGAAGCAAUGAGCAGCGGCCGAUCCGUCGACAAAAUCUCCGACGAACUCAAAUCGCUUUCGCUCCGUGGCCCCGCCGGAGGGAUUUUGCUGGAUGAGGAGGAUGAGGCAGUCCGAUUUUCUAACGUGAGGAAGAAGGAUUUCAAGCGUUGGGAGAGGGUGAAAGGACGAAUGAUGAACAUCCUGGACGGUCUUGAACUCCACACCGGCGUAUUCUCCGCCGCCGAGCAGCGGAGGAUCGUGGAUUGCGUCUAUGAUUUCCAGGAAAAGGGGCGUAAGGGGAAGCUUAGAGAGCGCACGUAUUUAAAGCCCAGAAAGUGGAUGCGAGGCAAUGGACGUGUUACAAUACAGUUUGGCUGUUGUUACAAUUAUGCGGUGGAUAGGAAUGGGAAUCCCCCUGGCAUAAUCCGCGACGAGGAAGUCGAUCCUAUCCCACCAUUAUUGAAAGAAAUGAUCAAGAGAAUGGUUUCUUGGCAUGUUCUCCCACCAUCAUGCAUCCCCAACAGCUGUAUUGUCAACAUUUAUGACAGGGAUGACUGCAUUCCUCCUCACAUUGAUCACCAUGACUUUGUUCGGCCAUUUUGCACGGUCUCUUUCUUGAGUGAAUGCAACAUCGUUUUUGGAAGAGAGUUGAAGAUAAAUGGACCGGGAGAUUUUUCAGGCUCUGACUCUAUUCCUUUGCCUUUAGGGUCUGUGCUUGUUUUGAAUGGAAAUAGUGCUGAUGUUGCUAAGCAUUGUGUUCCUGUUGUACCUACGCGAAGGAUUUCAAUUACGUUUAGGAAGAUGGAUGACUCGAAGAUCCCAUAUGAUUUCAUUCCUGACCCUGACCUGCAGAAUCUUCGCCCUUUGUCAUUACAAGGACAACAAUAUCCCAACAUUCUUCCACUCCGGCAAGAUCAGAAUGAUCAACCACUUAAAAAUGCUCAGCCUUCAAAAAAAGUUCAACAAAUUAAAAAAGCUCUGCAAGCGCAAAAAGUUCUACAAUCGCUUGCUCUGUAGAGACCUAUGCAACUAUCUGAAGAUGAUUUUCCACCACUGAACUCCAACACAACAGUGCAGUCCCGUCGCAAAUGACACUUUCCCUCCUAUGUGAUGGAAUUCAACUGAAAUCGGGGUUGUUUACAAAGUUGUUUUCUAUUGUUCAUGGCUAUGCUGUGAGCUUUUUUUUGUUGUUUUACUAGGCAAAAUUUAUUACUUUAUUUUAUAGACCAAAGAGAGUAAAUUGUAUUGAAGAAGUUAGUUACCAACUAUAAU